CCUCAACUUUAAGUCGGUAUUUCUAAAAGUAGAUAAAUGAAAUAGUAUUUUUUUAAUAAAGGGAGUACAAAACAAUGGAUUAUCAACUCAUAUUUCCACAAAACCGUCGAACAUCAAAUUUAAAAGUGUAAAGAGGUCGUCGCUUUUCUCUCUCUACCUGCUCCAUCAACCCCACCAAACUUCACCUUCCCUCACCCACUUUCCGACGUUAAAAUCCGUCGCUUUUUCUCUCAUUUCCCAACAAUUCUCUCUCCUAACCUCUUCUUUGCUCGGCUCCGUCAAUGGCGCCGAGCAUUAGUAACCUUCAACUAACAUCUUCUUCCCACGUCAAUGGUGAUGAUUCCUCCAAUGGAGAUUUUGAAGAUGUUCGGUUACUUGAUCAUUAUGAUGAAACUGCUGGAUUCGGAAAGUUUAGUAAUCGUAAAACGAGAACAAUUCAAGUCAGUGUUGGGGGUAUGACUUGUGCAGCUUGCUCUAAUUCUGUUGAAUCAGCUCUUUUAGCUGUUAAUGGCGUCUUUGAAGCUUCAGUUGCUUUGCUGCAGAAUAAAGCGCAUGUUGUUUUUGAUCCUGAUUUGGUUAAGGAUGAGGAUAUUAGAUCUGCAAUCGAAGAUGCAGGUUUUGAGGCUGAAAUUCUUCCUCAGACAAAUUCUUCUCAAACAGGUCCAAAUAAAACUUUAUCAGGGCAGUUUAAUAUAGGAGGCAUGACUUGUGCUGCAUGUGUCAACUCUGUUGAAGGUAUUUUGAGGGAUCUCCCUGGGGUGACCAAAGCUGUGGUGUCUCUAACAACUUCAUUGGGAGAAGUCCAAUAUGAUCCAUCUAUUGUCAGCAAGGUUGACAUUGUAAAUGCUAUUGAAGAUGCUGGCUUUGAAGCUUCACUUGUACAGAGCAGUGAACAGGGCAAAACAUUACUAGAGGUUGUCGGAAUUUCUGGUGAGCUGGAUGCACAGUCUUUAGAGAGUUUUCUUUCCCGUAUCAACGGGGUGCAGAAGUUCCGUUUUGAUAGGAAUUCUAGAGAGUUGGAAGUUUAUUAUGAUUCUGAACUCCUGGAUUCUCGGUCUUUGGUUGACAACAUUGAGGAAGCUAGUGGUGGCCGAUUUAAGUUGCGUGUGAGGAGCCCUUUUGCACGAAUGACUUCUAAAGAUUUGGAAGAAUCUUCAAAAAUGUUCCAGCUUUUCACAUCCAGUCUUAGUCUUAGUGUUCCUGUGUUUCUCAUACGUGUCUGCCCCCAUGUCCCAGUGUUAUAUCCUUUUCUUCUGUGGAGAUGUGGUCCUUUCUUGAUGAGGGAUUGGCUGACGUGGAUAUUGGUGAGUCUUGUUCAGUUCGUAAUUGGAAAGCGCUUUUAUGUAGCAGCUGGUAAAGCUUUGAGGCGUGGAGCAACAAAUAUGGAUGUUUUAGUUGCAUUGGGAACUUCGGCUUCCUACUUCUAUUCUGUCUGUGCGCUUCUUUAUGGUGCCGCUACUGGUUUCUGGUCUCCGACAUACUUCGAAACAAGUGCCAUGCUAAUAACAUUUGUGCUCUUGGGCAAGUAUUUGGAGAGCCUGGCAAAGGGGAAAACUUCGGAUGCUAUCAAGAAGCUUGUAGAACUUGCACCCGCAACAGCAUUGCUGUUAGUUAAAGAUAAAGGUGAAAAAUGCAUAGGGGAACGCGAAAUUGAUGCUUUAUUGAUUCAACCUGGUGAUCUGUUGAAAAUUCUCCCUGGUACUAAGGUUCCUGCGGAUGGCCUUGUAUUGUGGGGUUCAAGUUAUGUUAAUGAGAGUAUGGUCACCGGUGAAUCUGUACCUGUCUUGAAGGAAGUCAAUUCUCAUGUGAUUGGGGGCACAAUGAAUUUGCACGGGGUUCUUCAUAUUCAGGCAAUGAAAGUUGGAUCUGACACUGUUCUGAGUCAGAUAAUAAAUCUAGUUGAAACUGCACAAAUGUCUAAAGCUCCAAUACAGAAGUUUGCUGACUUUGUUGCAAGCAUAUUUGUUCCCACUGUGGUUGUUCUGGCAUUUUUGACUCUCUUGGGUUGGUACAUUGGUGGACUGACUGGAUCCUAUCCACAGAACUGGUUGCAAGAGAAUGGAAAUUAUUUUGUGUUUGCCUUAAUGUUUGCAAUCUCAGUUGUGGUAAUUGCAUGUCCCUGUGCUCUGGGUUUGGCUACACCUACUGCUGUCAUGGUUGCAACUGGAGUUGGUGCAAAAAAUGGUGUGCUUAUAAAAGGAGGAGAUGCAUUGGAAAGGGCGCAAAACGUCACCUAUGUAAUCUUUGAUAAAACAGGGACUUUAACACAGGGAAAAGCCACUGUAACAACUGCUAAAGUUUUCACUGGCAUGGAUCGAGGAGAAUUUCUUAGAUUGGUGGCUUCAGCUGAGGCUAGUAGUGAACAUCCUUUGGCAAAAGCAGUGGUUGAAUAUGCUCGGCAUUUUCAUUUCUUUGAGCCAUCUGAAACCAAGGAUUCACUGAAGAAUGAAAAGAAUUCAAAAGAAUUGGGAUGGCUUUUAGAGGUUUCAGAUUUCUUGGCUGUGCCUGGGAGAGGAGUGCAAUGUUUUAUUGACAGAAAACGCAUUCUGAUUGGAAAUCGAAAACUGCUUUUGGAAAAUGGAGUGACAAUUCCUACACACAUCGAAAAUUUUGUGGUGGAGCUAGAAGAUGGUGCACAGACAGGAGUACUUGUUGCGUCUGAUGACAAUGUAAUUGGAGUUUUAGGAGUAUCGGAUCCUCUGAAGAGAGAAGCCGCUAUAGUCAUCGAGGGCCUUGGCAAAAUGGGCAUUAAACCUGUCAUGGUCACAGGAGAUAACUGGCGAACAGCUCGAGCUGUUGCCAAGGAGGUGGGCAUAACCGAUGUAAGAGCCGAAGUAUUGCCAGCUGGAAAAGCGGAAGUCGUUCGUUCCCUGCAGAAAGACGGAAGUGUGGUGGCAAUGGUAGGGGAUGGUAUCAAUGACUCACCUGCACUUGCUGCUGCAGAUGUCGGUAUGGCGAUAGGUGCAGGAACAGAUGUAGCCAUCGAGGCAGCCGAUUAUGUCUUAAUGAGAAAUAAUUUAGAAGAUGUAAUAACAGCAAUCGAUCUUUCAAGGAAGACGUUGUUGCGUAUCCGGAUGAACUAUGUCUUUGCCAUGGCUUACAACUUAAUCGCUAUACCGGUUGCUGCGGGCGUUUUUUACCCUUGGUUGAAACUAAAACUGCCUCCUUGGGUAGCUGGUGCAUGCAUGGCACUCUCUUCUAUAAGUGUUGUUUGUUCAUCUUUACUUCUUAGGUUUUAUAAAAAACCCAAAUUGACAAGUAUACUUGAAAUAAUUGUGGAAUAGCUUAAUUUAUGGUAGGUGUUUGAUGGGCAGUUCACCCUUAGGUUUUGUAUAGGUGUGAUAUUAUGAUGUGUGGUUCAAAUGGCAAUGCAAUCCCAUGUUUCUGUAAAUGGAAAUUAUUGAACAUGUUCCACUUUCUAUGUUUAGUGUUCUUUUAGCCCUAUUCUUAAUGCUAAUUUCACGAUGUAGCUAGGUUUCAAGCGGAAUUUACAAGCUUUCAUCAAAAUUGGAGAAAUUUUAUAUGAUGUUUUUCCUUUUUGGGGUAAUUGUAUAUUAAAAUUAUUUUAACAUUUUAUUAUCCCAAAGUCAUUUAGUGAUUUCUAU